AACGGAGACGGAGGACUCAACCUCCUGGCCCACGGCCAAGAGGAAGGCCACGUACACCCAACCAAACGCAAAGAGUCAAGAGCAGACAAGCCUCCUUAUCAAACUUCGGCCCAGCAGUUAAAAUCACUACAGUGCGCUGGCCAACACAACACCAAGGAAUGCAAGAAAUCCCUGGAAAUUCCUCCUACCUGCGCCAACUGCAAAGGCGCCCACACUGCCAACUACUCAAAAUGCCCUGCUCUCUUGGCCUACCUCAGCAAGAAGAACCUGCACACAAGGCCCUGCAGCGCCCUAGCGCCCUCUUCCUCCCUCCCUCUGUCGGAGCUGACUUCCCACCUCUUCCAAAUAAACUGACCCCAACCCUCAGCGACCCUCCAAAACCCCAGACCCACUACCCACUUCAUAAUGGUUCACACUCUUACGUCUCCGCUGUCAAAUCGCCGUCCUACCAGUCAUUGCCCCCCACACUUGACAGGAAAUUCCAUCGAAUCCACCCUCGACUCAAAAACUCUGAUCUCGAUACAUUUCUUCGUAUUAUCGAACUGAUAAUAUACAAAAAUAUUAUACUAACUGUACAAAUAAUAUCGAAAGAGUUAAAGCGACCAUACAAAUCGUCAAAGAGCUUGAAGCUGGACGAUAAUUCCUUCAUUAAAGUUAUGCUAUGGAAUGCUACUAGCAUUACCAAUAAAAACUCGAACUUCAAAAAUUCCUCCACGAUCACCAAAUUGACGUGGCCAUUAUCACUGAAACCUGGCUCUCCCCAAAAACUUCUUUCAUAAACACACUACAAUAUAUAUAGAUCCAGUUCAAUUUUGUUUUAGUAGAAAGAUUUUAAUUAAUUAUUGAAAAUUUCCGUCGUAAUUAUGGCACGAGUAUGUAAUCAUCGCUAUUCGAGGGAGUAAGAGAAAAAAAAAAAAAAAAAGAAAUGGACCAUGGCUCACAAAAAUUAUGCCUUUGUAUAAAGUGAACAAAUGCUCGAGUCGUGUUGUAGCGUUUGAUCAACGAGUCGCUAAAUAUUUUUAUCUCUUUAUGAGCAUAAUUAUUACAAUUAAUAAUU